GAUUUGAUCUGUUGUCCUGCCCCAAGAUGGUUGAUUCACAGCCGUACAUUAUCCGCGCGAUGGAGGAGAUGGGACUAGCCGAGGGUGGCUUCAUCCCGAUCGCAAAUGAGGAGAACAAACGAUUAAUGGAGGCGAUCAAUCGGCUGGCUGGAAGCAAGACGGAAUCGACGGGCAAAGUGGCGAUUAGCGACCAACGGCUGGGCAAUCUGAAAGUCCAUCUCAAGAAUGCGCAACAAGAGUUCGAACAGAACUCUAGGCUGAUCGGGGUGGACAAAAACCAAAUCACUGCCGAGCAUGGAUUGCUCAAGGUGUCCCAGAACGAGCGGUCCUUCUUCCGGCAGCAACUGUCGGACGCGAAGCAGGAGCACUCGGAGCUGAAGAAGCACGAUGAGCGGGCUCAAGGAAACAUGAAAAAAAUGACCGGAAACGUUGAGAAGUACACGGAGCGUAUCAAGUGGGCGGAAAAGACACUGUCCGAAUGGAGACAGGUGAUGGGAGACGGGGAUAAGAGGAUCAAACUCAUCCAGAAGUACUGCAAGGAAGACACCAGCAGGGCUGAAGCGUAUGAAGCGAAGAGAAAACAGUUGGAGAACAAAAUUGCCUCCCGACGGUCGGUGCUCGUAACGCUGUACGAGGAGUACAAGUCGUUGGAGCAAGUCCUCGAGCGAACCUCGCAACUCUUCCGACAAGCGCACUACGAACGGCGCCAUAUGGUACGCACCUGGAAGGAGGCGGUAAAGCACAUGAACCAACGGGAAGCCGGCAUAAAGCUUGUCGAGCGGGAUAUUGACAGCGCGCGCGAAGUUACAGAAAUGUUGCAAUGUGACCUGCAGGCGCAGGUCGAGUUCCUCGAGCAGCAACAGCGCAACAACCACGAAAUCGAGCUCCGCAUUGCCGAUCUGAAUGUGGAGGUUUCGAAACUUCGUAACAGACUUACGGCGCUCAACGAUAGUGUCCAGCUCAAGACGAACGAGUACCAAAUUACGCGCAAAGCAGUACAAAAUCUUUCGAACAAACUGUCCACCAUGCGGUACCGCAACCGGCAUGCCCUGACCGACGAAGAAGAGAAGGAGAAGCAGAUCCACGAAAAUCUCAGCGAGCUUGAGCUGCUGCGCGACAAACUCGACAACUUCCGGAGCAAGAGUCUGUGUGCGCAGGACCGGUUGAGGCAGUUGAACGAAAUCGUCGAAUCGGAGGAAAAGCAGAUCCGAGCGAUGGAAGCGGAAACGGAGCGUCUGUCCACGGCAAUGUACCGUGCCCAGCAGCAACUGUUUGCGAUGAAGGAGGAGGAAAAGCUGCUGAAGGUGGAGGUCCACUCGACCGAGGCCGGGAAGGUCAAGAUAAAGGCGGCGAUCGAAAACAUGAGGAAGGAAAUCACAAGGCAGCAGGACAUAUCGUACAACGUGAACUAUAACAUCGAGCAGGUGCAGAAGCGGAUCGUUAACAUGCAGGGAGCGGGCAAUACGCAGGAAGCAGCCAAUCAGGCCCAUGCCAAGCUGGCUCACGCCCAAGCGUUGCUUGCCGAGAAGAGAGAAAGCUUGACCAUUUUGCUAGCACAAACGGUUAAGGACCAGCAGGACUUCCGGCAAUCGAGCCUGGUGUUCCAGCAGGAUGCCGCCGAGAUCGAGCGGAUGACGGGCAAGUGGAAGGAGAAGACGCUGCUGGUCGAGGGAGGCGAAAAGAAGGUGCGCCAGUGUAAGGCCGACAAUCAGGAUCGGUUGGUGGAGAAGAGCUUGCUCAAGAUGCGCAUUAAGCAGAUGGAGCGGCAGUUGGACAGUCAGAGCGACAAGAUGUACACACUGGAGCGGCACCGGAUGGAGCUGGAGGCAGCCAUCAACAAGCGUAUGGUGGACAUCACCGCCCAGAAGGACAUGCUUGCGCUGAAGCGGAAGUAUCUUGCCGAAGAGCGGGCUCAACUGCGGGCGGACAUCUCGGAGCGUACGUUGAAGAUCGAGCAGCUCAAGAAUAGGUACGAGCUGUCGCUGGAUCUGUUGGGGAAAAACGAGGACGGCACGAUUGUGACAGCAACGCAGAUAAAAAUUCAAACCGCGCAAGAAAAGUACAUGCUGCUGCGGGAAGGAAGCGAGCUGAACGUGAAGAUACUGAAAGCCGAGGAAGACCUGAAAGCGCUCGAGAAUUCGCUCAAGGUGAUGAACUACGCGAAUGACAAGUACAAGCGCGGCUUCCAGAAGGUGGAUGACGAGAAUCCGGAUAUGAUUGCGAUGGACAACAUUCAGGCGGACUACUGUAAGGCUGUGGCAGCGCUGAAGAGCGUACGGUCGGAUUUGUCCAUGAACACGGAGAAUCUGCACGAUCUGAACGAGUGCCGGGAGCAGAACGAUAAAGCGCUGGAGCAAGCGCAGAAGGUGCGGCUGGACAGCAAUGAUGUGUUGCUGCGCAUUCAGAAGGAGCUGCUGGAUCAGCGGACCAAGAUCCAGCGGGCCGAACGUGAGCUGAAGCUAGCGAUCAAGGCGGCAAAGGCGAAGACGAACGAUGACGAUCUGAUGCUGAUCUUCCAGAAGGACCUCAACCUGAAGGAGUUGGAAGAGCGCAACAGCAACGCGCUGCAGCAUUUGGCCGACCUGGUGGAGCAAAACAGUGAGCUGGCGGCAUCGGUCAGCAAGCAUUGCUACGAGCGUGGUUUGCGGUUGCCGCUGAUCAAGCGAACGAAGAGUCAGAUCUCGUGGCGCAGUGAGAAUUCCCACGGCACGGAGUACAGUGGCCGCGUGGAAACGAUUUCUUCCAAGCAAGCGUCCCGUCUCUCGAUCUGCACCACCACGACAUCCUCGCGCAACACGGACUCUUCAGAUGAUAUUGCGAAAUCGUUCGAUAAUCGCAUGAGUGCCGGCCUGUCGGUCAUCUUGAUUGACUUCCCGGGAAGCAAGGGGGCUGCUGCCGGCAAAUCGACCAAGAAGUAACGAAUCCACCGCUUCUCUGAUGCAAAGACGAUAACUUUAUUUUGCUUUCACUGCGUGUGUGUGGCUUGCUUAUCAUUGUUUUGUUUUGUAGCAUUGAGUUUUGCUUGCUUCCGCAACUGCUUUUCGGGAGACAAACACAAACACACACACACACGGAUGCUUCUAAAUCAAUUCGCGUGUCGAUUUUUGUGUGCGUUUGUUUGCUCGGUAGUUCGGUAAAAAGGAAAUCGCAUCUCGCGUUUCGUUUCGCGGAAAUAAAACAGCACACCACGCACCACAAAACCCACCCGGAUUGCGGAAUAUGGCCUGACGCUUUCUGUCCCCAUGCUUCUCUCAUAAAUGCAAUGUUGCAGCAUGCUGGUGGUGGGGGGGUACACCAGCCGUUUGUUUUGCUGUGCACAGGACACUCACAUUCACGUUCAUAUUUUGGAAAUUGAAUAAAAAAAUAUACAUAACUACGUAUUGGAA